AAGCCGAGUCGACCGUCAGUUGUUAGCAAUUCGCACGCUGCGCAUCGAAUUCUCGGUUCUCCCGCUUCUCGGUCGAAAUAACCGUUGGAUACGAAAGGAUUUUCUACUACAAAGCACACGCUCAUUUCAAGUAUUGUUUUGUGAAGCCGCACAGCAACGAACAGAGUCCUAAAUGCAGUCGAAAACGGCAUUGCGUUCGAUAUUGAAAAAGCCUCAAAGCAUCGAUGAUACUACUACCAAUGAAGGUAGCGUUCCUACUACUACUACCGAAGAAACAGCACAGUCGGAGAGCAAGCCUGUUGUUGAACGUUCCACAACACCAUUGGAGAGCCAGCCUGCUGCUGUUGAUGACGAUUCCACGGCACUAUUAGAGAAUAAGCCGGCUUUGAACAAUCCGCGUGUGGAUGAAGAGGUUUCAAACGGAGACGUUAAAGUUUUGGAGGAUGUCAACGGCAGAAUUGUCAAAUACGACCCAAAACCACGCAUCAGAAAAACUCAUAUGCGGGCGAUCCAGAAGAAGCACAAUAUAGAAGAUGGGCAGUUGUUGCUGAAGUUUUGGAAGUAUGCAAGCGUGCAACGCCAGAUGACGAAUCUGGUUACAUCCAACUUUUUGCGCUCAAAAUAUAGCACAAGUUUCACACGCUCACUCUCGCAUACACCUUCCAGCAAAUAACCUGGUCUCGAGCAGCAUCGUGUAGUAUAUAAGGACAAGCCGAGCAGAAGGAGCUGGUGAAGUAACUGCGGGCAUUUCGGACGCCGUGUAUAUCCUCGAUUCUACAGGCUGCGCACACAGCCCCCUGUCUAUCCACGGAGGCUCUCGACGAAGCCUUGGAGACCGUCGAGCGAAAGGAAGAUGAGAAGCGGGAUGACACGGCCCGGAGAAAAUGACAGGUACACGGCUCGAAGCCUCUCUCUCUCUUUCUCUCUCUUGGCCACUGAUAUCGCGGCCUCGUAUCUGAAUCCGAGACUCGCGCGCUCGAAGUCGAUGUCUCUCGCUCUUCUCGGGGGAACUAACUGCAGCCUCCGUCAUCCGCCUGCCAAUAUGCCCGGCUGUCAACACACGCUGUAUUCAAUUAUAAACUCGCCGUGCCUGUUUAAUGACGCGGAAAUCCAGGCUCCGAGGAGAGAGAGAGAGAGAGAGAGAGAGAGAGACAGACAGACAGAGUAGAGAGAGUGAGACGAACUGAAGGAGCUGCGUGCUCUGGAAAUCCCUCGAGAUCGUUAUAUAUAGCUACUCUUGACCUUUUGCCUUAUCGCGCUGUCUCCGUCGACGAGCUGUAGCGAUACGCGUUCGUUCGUUUUUUUUUCCUUCUUUUUUGUUCUCUGCUCGACUCACUUCCGUUGCGCAUUUAUUAGCAUUGAUUAUGAUGUUUGCUUAGAAGCAAAGUUGUGUAGUUUGUGAAAAUCGAUUUCUCGGAAUAUUACUAUCUUUUUUGUCAUUUUUAUACGGUAUAUCGUAACCAAUUAAGAUUAAUCCAGCGCUGAAUUUAUUAGUGUGUAUCUAUACUUUAGCUAUAAAUAAAAUUCGAUAAAACACGAAA